AGUUCUGAAAAUAAUUAAAAUAAUACGAACAACGAGAUUUUAUUCUAUUAUGUGAACUCAUCUACCACAUGUUCACGGUAGAUUUUAACAAUUUUUUCGUUACAUAAAAAAAUAUUAUUUUUCGGUUGUGAAUAUUUUAUAGCAGCUUCCUAUAUUAUUCAAAAUGUAGAAAAAAUAUUUUUACAUUAAAAUUACAUUAAAAAUCGAUAAUAAUAAAAUAAAAAAUUAUUAUUUGGAAAACGUGAUUUUAAUAACGAACUUAUUGAGCAUCUCUGAGCUUCAAUAUUUUAUUUAAAAAAAUAAAAUUUUAUGCAACAAAAAUAAUAAUAAUAAUCAUUAUUGUGUCAAAAUAUUUAUAAAAUGUGUUAGAAAGUGUAUUUUUAUUAAUCAAAUAUAAUCAAAACUUUUAAACGACAGAAGCCCAACGAAGUCACAUAACUUGUGUGAACAAACUCUUUUAUCUAACAACGCAUUUCUAUCAAAGUUUUUUAUUGCAUUACUUGCGCUUUUAAUUUUUGAAGUGAACGAAAGUUACAAAAUGAAGAUGAGACUUUCGACGAAAUAAACGUAAACAAGAUAAUCAUUUAAAAAAUAAAGAAAAAAAUAUUCAAUCGGAACGCAGAAACAAGCAACAAACAAAAUGUUUCAAUGCAUUAUUCAACAACGAAAUGGAUGGAUACACGCACCAAAUCCCGAAUUCAGAGACGUUUUUCCAGAUAUUCGUCUUCAACUGAACGAGCAACUGAGAUGUUUGGAUGUUCGUGUCGAAUCGCAAGUGUCACUCAUACAGGAGUUGCAGGAUUUCUUCCGACGGCGCGGCGAAGUUGAAUUGGAUUACAGCAAAAGUCUCGAUAAGCUCGCGAAAAGUUUGCAAUUGCGACACAAGGAGCAGAAACAAAAACGUGAACAAUGGCCAUUAUUUUCAUCGUACACAUGCUGGCAACAGUUGGUCAAUCAGACAAAAUCGCUGUCGAAGGAUCACGCUGCCUUGUCGGAAAUUUAUUCGACCCAUUUGGUAGCAAGACUACAGACCGUGUGUGAGGAUGUGCAGCGGAUUUAUCGGAGGUGUCGAGAAAUCGGAUAUGAAACACACGAAGAAAUAUUGCGCGUGUUGCAGGAAUUGCACACGACAAUGAAAACGUAUCACACGUAUCAGGCGGAAUGCAAGGAGGCAGAGAAGAAAUUACGCACUGCUGAGACACAGAGGACCAAGUUGCAGCAGACUGUACCAAAAGAAAAAUUAGAUCGUAGUAAAAAGUAUAGACUGAUCCAAAAAGAAGAGCUCAAGCGCUUAAACAAAUACACGGAUGCAAGACUGAAGGCUUUAAAAGCCAAAAAUGAAUAUCAAUUAUGUUUAGAGGCAUCAAACACAACCAUUCACAAAUAUUUCGUAGAAGAUUUGAGUGAUCUGAUAGAUUGCAUGGAUUUAGGCUUCCAUUCAGUCGUUUCCCGUGCUUUGCUGCUACACGUAUCGGCAGAUCAAGGAAGAUGUCGUGCCGUACUCUCCAAUGCCGAGACAUUAUCACACAUUGUGCAUGCGAUGGACUCGCGCGCCGACAAGCAAAAGUUCCUUGAGCAACAUCAUGGUGCGUUUAUGAUCCCAAAACGCUUGGAGUUCCAAGGGCAGCAAGAUGAAGUUGAACCGGAACUACAAAAGGCCUUGCAUCAGGAGAUGGAAUCGCGUUUGACACAUUUGGAAACUCGCGUGAACAAUUUGAGGAUGGAAUCGGAAGAAAUUUGGAAGACACUCGAAGCUGCUGAAGUAAAUCUCUUGGAAAUUCUCAACACGAAGGAUUACGAUUGCAGCAGUUUGUUUGGCGAUACGCAAUUUAAUAAGUUAGAUGCCAUUACGAGCAAACAACGCGCUGACAAACAAGAAAUUGAAGAGUUUUAUAUUACGAAAAUCCGUGAAUAUAUUUUGUGCACAUCUCGAAUCGCGAGACUCGAUUCCAAAGCAGAAUUCUUGCGAAAUAUCCUCGCAAAGGAGUCUGCAUUGAACAGCAGUAUUACAAGCAGCAAGGCGUUAGCUCCGAAACGCAAACGAAUUGGUCGCAUGAACAUGUCGGGACGCCCCAAACUCUUUGGCGGUUCAUUGGAGGAAUAUUUGGAGGCAACACAGGAAGAUAUCCCUCUCAUAAUGCGAAGUUGCAUCAAAAUCAUCAACUUGUACGGACUCCAUCAUCAAGGCAUUUUCCGUGUGUCGGGAUCUCAAGUCGAAAUCAGCAACUUCCGUGAAUGGUUUGAGCGUGGCGAUGAUCCGUUAGCUGAUACAACAGAUGCUUCCGAUAUCAAUUCUGUGGCGGGCGUUUUGAAACUCUUCUUGCGUGAACUGAGAGAACCAAUUUUCCCGAUUAUUUAUUUUGAUCACUUACUAUCGAUAGCACAAUUAGACACUAAACAGGAAAUAAUUCAAGGAAUCCGAAAAUUCAUUUCCAAUCUUCCACGUAGCGUUAUUAUCGUCGUCAGAUAUUUGUUUGACUUCCUGAACCAUUUAUCAGAAUACUCCGAUGAGAAUAUGAUGGAUGCCUAUAACUUAGCGAUCUGUUUUGGACCAACUUUGAUGCCUGCUCCCGAGGACAAAGAUCAAGUUCAAUAUCAGAAUCAAGUGAACGAGCUUAUCAAAAAUAUAAUAAUUUACCAUGAAGACGUCUUCCCACGUGACAUUGGAGGCAUCUUUUAUGAAAAAUACAUCACCAAUGAGCCAUUUGAUGAAAUUGACGUGGGCGAUUCACCUACCGAUCAAGUAACAGAGGAUCCCGAUUCCGAAGUUUAUCCCUCCGAAGAUGAAUCUGACACGUUUGAGGCAACCGUUCAAUUCGACUUUAAUGCAAGAUCUGAACGGGAAUUGUCCUUGAGGAAAGGAGAAGCCAUCACUUUGUACAAUCAAGUUUCUAACGAUUGGUGGCGUGGACAAGUGAAUGGCAAAACAGGAUUAAUUCCCGAUAAAUAUAUUUCACUCAAGAUAAAGGAUGAAGACCGCGAAAAAUCAAGCGAUCACAUGAAAUCAUCGAGUUCGGAGGAAUCUGUGCGCAAAAGACGUCCCAGCGGAAACAUUUCUCUCAACAGUCAACUUUCGAUCUGCACCCAAAAUUCCAAUACGUUGUCCAAUAUCACCUAUGGCAGCGAUUAUACCGCAUCUACAGUAAGCGCGUCAAUUCCGGCGCCUGUUCUCCCAAAAUCUAUCUCGCAAGCAAGCACACCGCAUCACGUUCAAUCCAUCGACGUUUCGUCGUCGGACAAAAAUGGACUAAAAGAAACGGAUUUUCCGCAAUACGAGAACACGGAAACGCUGAAGAAGCACUCGGGCUAUGUGUAUCACGACGAGCCGCAUUCCUUCGAAAAUACCAUUGAAUUCAUGGAGGACUCGAAUCACUUCACUUACGAGUCAUCAGCAGAGAAGCGUUCUCCCAAUCGUCCCGAGCCAAUUUAUGCUGAACCCACAAAAAUUUCUCUCUCCAACAAGGAAAAUUGCGAUACGAGCGAAGACGAAAGUGUCGUUUUGCGUCCCAAGCCCAAAGAAGAUACGGGUCCGAAGCUUUCUCUCUUGCGAAAUAGUGACGGAAUCGACUGCGACAUGCCCGACUCGUCGGAAAAGCGCUUUUCUGACAGCGAUAUCAACAAAAAUGGCGACGUCCCGAGCGAAACACUCGAAAAUCGGCCGAGUUUUCGUCGGUAUCACAGCAAAAGUUUGAGUUUAUCCGAAAAUCGUGUCGCUUUGGGUGCUUCCAUCUUCCAACAGCAUCGAGAUCUGUGGCAACAACGUGCUGCCGGCAAAUCUCAACAAAAUAUCGGACCUCAACGGAUACUUUCACGCAAUAGAAUUGCUCCAGAUUUAGUCAUGGAUCUCCCGAAUGACCUUGCGGAUGCUCAAAUUCGUGCUUCACGCGAAUCCUUGGAUGGCGAAGCGGAAAAUUUAACCUCAGCUGAACGAUUUGCGACCCAAAAUCAAUGUACGUUGAAGAAAAACGAGCGAUUUUUGUCGGAAGCUGACAUCGGAAAGAAAGAAGUCAAGCUGGAAUGCAAAAUAAUCGCCGAAAAACCAAAAGCGGAAGUCAGACCGCAGCAGGAAAACUUGUCACGCGUUCCAACAGUCGAAAUUCAGUGCGGCGAUGGGGAUGAAAACGACGAAUUGCUUCACAUAAACGAACCCGGAUCAUCUGGCGGCUUGGAGGAAAAGCAAAAUAUGUCACGUUCCUUGCGCGAUGUCUCGAAAUCGCCAAUUCCGCUUCAUAACACGCAAAAAUUCGCAUCGCAGUUCGCGGGACUUCAUCUCACGGGCGGAUGCAUGGGCAAAGCAGAUACCGCAGCACAGGGCAAUUUGACGUCAUUCAAGCCGCAAGUCAAAGUAAAGCCACAAAUUAUGAAAAAACCGCUCGUUCUUCCUCCGACAACGCCUGAGAUGAAUCGACGUGCCAGCAGUCAAGAAUAAAAAAAAAUCUAAAAAAAAAAUAAAUAAAACAGAAGGUUGAAUUAAUUGGGCGUCCAGAACAUUUUAUAGACUAAAAAAAUUUUUUUUAUUAUUAAAAAAAAAAAAUUACCUAAAAAAAAUCCUAAAAAAAUAUGAAGUAAAAAA